GCCACAAGAACACAACCAAACGAACAAACAGCCACAAUGUUAGAAAGAAUAAAUGUAAAGAUAAAAACAUAAAGUGUCUGUUUUGAUUCAAGAAGCGGAAAUCCCAUUGAGUUACAUACUCAUCACCCACAAGCACUACCAAACAUUCAGAUGUGGUCAACAUGAGACGUCUCCUCACUGUUCUCGCCAUUGCACUGAGUUGCAUUUACUUGAAGGUCUCUGGGACACUGGUUAAGGUAGUGGUCAAGCCUGGAGAUAAUGCAAUUCUACAUUGUGACCGUCAGAUUAUCGAGGGACAAGACAUCCAAUGGGUCAAGAUCUGCUCUGCACAAAUCCAACCACCGCUAAUCAUCUCUGCUUACAAUACCCUUUUAUUUCCUUAUCCUCGAUUCUCUCUGUCCUGGAACAAUACUUCAAAAUCCCAUGACUUAGAAAUAGAGAACAUCACCGAAGCAGACCUUGGACUCUACUAUUGCACUAGGGUAGAAAAAAAGAGGAUUGAGCACAACAGGAUGAUCUUUGAGAGGGAAGUGUACCAUUUGGGUGAAACUCUCACAAAGCUGACAUACGGAGCUUCAAGUGAUCCUAAACAUCUUGAUUCAUCUGCAUGUUCAUUAAACGUCUCCUCAGGAACCCACUCUGAUCCAAACUGUCACUGUUGGCAGUGCUGGCUGAUACUGCAGACAAUGUGCCCAGCAUGUUCUCUUCUCUCUGCUAUGUUGGCCUUUGUUUGUGGGUACAAGUGCUGCCACAAGACAGUGCUGAAGCAGUUUGAAGGUCUUCCAAGCAGUUUUGAGAUGCAAAGACAGCAAAAUCAAGAACAGGAUGUUCAUGCAGAUAUUUACUAUGCAUCACUAAACAUCCCCAAACGAGGAAGUAAACUGGCAAAGAGCAAGCGAUUGCCAAACUCUGACUACAGUGUGUACAAUGAUAUUAAAAUGCACUGUUAAGGUAUACCCUGCAGGGGUUUAUUUUUGCAAUAAUAAGUAGCUUACUGCACAUUACCCUGUUUAUUACACAACUACUUACAAAUAAAUAAAUGUACAUGAAAUAUACAUUUUAAUUGCAAUUAUUUUUGUGACCACAAAGUGAUUGGAGAGACAUGAAACUCUAGAAAGCAACUACAGAGUUUAGCACUUGUUCUUUUUAAGGUAAAUUAACUAUUUUAAGGUAUGCUGUGUAUUAAUGACAUUAUUUUAUCAUAGUUUUAUUGAAUCUGUUAUUUCAUAUUGUCUUGUGAUGUGGCUCAUUUAUAGUAAAAAUAGGCUGACAAGUCUAAUUAAAACUGCAUCUAAGGUUAUAAGGAGUGCAACAAUUUCAGCUAAAGGAAAUGUAUAACAAACAAUUAAUUGAGAAAGUGCAUACAAUUGUGAAUUUUAUUUCUGUAUAUCCUGACAAAUCCAUAUUGCUCUUGACCGAAAUAUUGAUCUAUUUUUGCUUUUUGUGUUAUGUUGACUUGUGUGUUUGGAUGUUUUA